UAUAGAGCUGGGUGAUUGACCGUCUCCCACUUGCCUCUGGGUAUGAGCAGUAAUCAAAUCCGACAACAGGUCGAAACUUUAUUAUCAGUCGGUCAAUAGCAGGAACGGCCAGGGGGCACGCACAGAGGAAGUCCGAGAGCCGGCGGAGAGGGGAAAGUGAAAUGUGAAAGGCAGGGGAAAAAAAACCACACUGAGGACCGAGAGCGCUGAGACUGAGCGUAUAGGGCAGAGCUGCUGGAAGCGUUUCACAGGCGGCGCUCAAUCUGGAUUUACUGCUCGCCCCGACGUGUUUACGGACGUUUUUCGGAAGUCGAGCGUAAACGGAACCACGAGGAGGUGAUGCCGCUGAGCUGAGCAGGUCCUUGGAGCGGUUCUCAGCUUGGCCCGACACAUACACAUCUGCGUCUGUGUGUCUGUCCGGGCGACAGAGCUGUCCGUCAGAACCCAGUGACCCGGAUCAGUCAGGGUGACCCCACCGCUGGUUAGCGGACCCACUGCCAUGGGCAAGACCGGGACGAGCACGGUGGAGUCCCACUCCCCGACGGAGCUGAAGCAGGCCGUGCCCUUUGAGGAGCUGGAGCCCGCGGCGCCCCCUGCAGGCGGGGACGCCGAGAAGCAGGAGCCCCCCGACCGGGGCAGCUGGAAGGGGAAGUUUGACUUCCUGUUGUCGUGCGUGGGCUACGCCAUCGGCCUGGGGAACGUCUGGCGGUUCCCGUACCUGUGCGGGAAGAACGGUGGAGGGGCCUUCCUGAUCCCGUACUUCCUGACGCUGGUGUUUGCCGGGAUCCCGCUGUUCUUCCUGGAGACCGCCCUGGGCCAGUUCACCUCGGUGGGCGGUCUGGGGGUGUGGAGGCUGCUGCCGAUGAUGAAAGGCGUGGGUCUGGCGUCCGUGGUGCUGGCCUUCUGGCUCAACAUCUACUACAUCGUCAUCAUAGCCUGGGCCCUCUACUACCUGUUCAACUCCUUCAGAGCGGAACUUCCCUGGCAGAGCUGUGAUCAUCCUUGGAACACAGAGAAAUGUUUCUGCAACUACAGUCUGACAGACACCACCAACCUCACCAGCACAGUCACUGAGUUCUGGGAGAGGAACAUGCACCAGCUGAGCGGGGGGCUGGAGGAGCCGGGGGAGCUGCGCUGGCCCCUGGUGGGGACGCUGCUGCUGGCCUGGGUCCUCGUCUACUUCUCCAUCUGGAAGGGAGUGGAGUGGACGGGCAAGGUGGUGUACUUCUCGGCCACCUACCCCUACGUCAUGCUGGUCAUCUUGUUCUUCCGUGGCGUCACUCUGCCCGGCGCCAUCGACGGGAUCCGCUUCUACAUCACACCGGACUUCAGUAAGCUGGCCAAGUCUGAGGUGUGGCUGGAUGCUGCCACCCAGAUCUUCUUCUCGUACGGCCUGGGGCUGGGCUCGCUGAUCGCCCUGGGGAGCUACAACACGUACCACAACGACGUGUACAAGGACUCCCUGAUCGUCUGCUGCAUCAACUCGUUCACCAGCAUGUUCGCAGGCCUGGUCAUCUUCUCCAUCGUGGGCUUCAUGUCCCACAUCACCAAGAAGCCCGUCCACGAGCUGGCAGCCUCAGGUCCCGGCCUGGCCUUCCUGGCGUACCCCCAGGCCGUCACCCAGCUGCCCAUGUCCUCCCUCUGGGCCAUCCUCUUCUUCUCCAUGCUGAUGAUGCUGGGCCUGGACAGCCAGUUCUGCACCGUGGAGGGCUUCAUCACAGCCCUCAUGGACGAGUACCCCAUGGUACUGAGGAAGAGGAAGAAGCUCUUCAUCCUCAUCGUCUGUUUCAUCUCCUUCCUCAUCGGCUUCUCCAACAUCACACAAGGCGGCCUGUAUGUGUUCAAGCUGUUCGACUACUACUCCGCCAGCGGCAUGUGUCUCCUGUACCUCGUGUUCUUCGAGACCAUCUCCAUCUCCUGGUUCUACGGGGCGGAACGGUUCUACAAGGACAUCGAGGACAUGAUUGGCUAUCGGCCGAAUGGCUGGUGGAAGCUCUGCUGGAAGUACUUCACCCCCAUGAUCUGCCUGGGCGUGUUCACCUUCAGUGCCAUAGAGAUGACCCCCCUGACGCUGGGGAAGUACGUGUACCCCAUGUGGGGUCAGGUGAUCGGCUGGUUCAUGGCCAUGUCCUCCAUGGUGCUGGUUCCGGGAUACUUCUUCUACAUGCUCUUCACCACCAAGGGAGGCCUGAAGCAGCGCUGGCAGAAGAUGACCACCGCCCGGAGGGCUGACACGCCGUCGGGGCAUGAAGACCUGACCCAUACGGGCGGGGGGGUGGGGGAAGCUCCUGUCUAGACAGACCCAGACAGAACCGGACAGAACCAGUCAGGGCCUGCCAAACCCUCACACACCCCCUCUUCCCUACCUUGUCCUCAGGCCCACUGCUGGACUCCAUGUUGUUGGUUUUCCUGUUCUUUUCAUUUAUUGGGAGAGGGGUCCGGUUAUGUAACAGCUUUAUUCUGUUCUAGCGGGGGAGUUGGCAUGUUUUUGAAGAAGCGAGAAGGGUAAAAAGAAACAAGAAUUGAGACUUAUUUUAAGAAACGACGACUACUUUGCGAUGGCUUGACAUAUGCAAAUCAGUUGUAGCAUUAGGGUUUGAGCUGAAUACUUUAAGUCAAAUUAGGGUAAUAAUGAGUAAAUAUCAACAUAACAUUAUUUAAUGAGGAUGAUUAAAUACAAAAAAUUAGAGAAAUAUUUUGGGAUUAUGUGAAAUUGGUCUGAUAGUUAUUUGUUCACCGUUACCGAGUAACAAAUAUCUAUCAACUAUAACUAAUGAAUACCAGGUUAAUAUUCAUAGGAUGAUUUGGCGUUAGUCUUUCUGGCAAAGUCUCUCAGGAAAGCAUUUGUCCUUUUACUUUGGCGUUUGCAAUUCAAAAUGCCCUUAAUGAGUAAGACUUCACCAAUGUUCAUUAUGUCAAAGUAGCAUUUCCCACAGUGAAAUGUGUAGGAAUGUAUGUCUGUACAUCAUUCAUUUGGAAACAUACAGUAUGUAGAGGAAAGAUCACAUAAUAAAUGUCAUUACAUUAAACGUGUAUAUGGCUGUGUUUUCCAAUUCAGUCAAACCUCUUGUGCCCUUCCUCAAGGAAUCCACAAGGGACAACUUUAUAAGAACGCCUUUUUAAUUAUACUUUUAAGUGGGACUAAGUACACAUUAUAAUACCGGUAUAUGUUUAAGAAUGGACGACACAAUGUUACGUAACGCAACUGUAAACACUAUUAAAACAUGUAAGGGAUUACAGCAGGAAUCCUGUAGAUGUGUUUCUGAAAUGUUGUGAAUCAAGGGGAAAGUUUUAAUUCUUCUAUGAAGCGCUGUACAGUCUGUUUACAGUACACCAAGUGUUUGUGAAUGACUGCAUUGAAGUGUCCCACCUUAUGAAUUCAUACGUAGAUAUAACUUUGUUCAAAAUAGUGAUGCGCUGUACAUAUAAUUGUGUUUAAAUGAUGGAAGUAUUCUUUAUUAUUAAAUUAAACUUUUUGGAAUGAAAUUAAGAAACAGGAUUAAAAUAUGAUGCUGGAAGGGAAUUUGGCAAGGUAUAUGAAAGGUAUUUAACUUCAAUAAAGCAGAUAAAUAAAAACAAA